UAUAUAUAUGCGUUAUACGAACGUAAUAGCGAAAUUCCAUCUUCUCUUCAGAGGGAGUAGUACGAUUUACUCGGUGUUCAUCCAUGGCUUCUCCUGCCGUCGUAGAGGAUCGUCCAGCUCCACUCGAUGCUACGGCCGAACCUCCCGCUCUGUUCGACGGAACAACGAGAUUGUACAUAAGCUACACAUGCCCGUUUGCACAGCGUGUUUGGAUCACCAGAAACGUCAAGGGUCUUCAAGACAAGAUCAAACUGGUUGCCAUUGAUCUUGGGAACAGGCCUGUUUGGUACAAGGAGAAAGUCUAUCCUGAGAACAAGGUGCCAGCUCUUGAGCACGACGGCAAAGUCAUGGGGGAGAGUCUUGACUUGAUCAAAUAUCUCGAUAUCAAUUUCGAAGGGCCUUCCCUUUACCCCGAGGAUCGCGCUAAGAGAGAAUUUGGAGAAGAGUUGCUGAAAUACACCGAUACGCUCAACAAAACUGUGUAUGGUUCUUUCAAAGGAGACCCGGCUAAAGAAACUGCGACGGUGUUUGAUUAUCUGGAAAAUUCUCUGCAUAAGUUCGACGAGGGCCCGUUCUUCCUUGGCCAGCUUAGCUUGGUUGACAUCGCCUAUAUCCCGUUCAUCGAAAGAUUCAAAGUCUUCCUCGAUGAGGUAUUCAAGUACGAUAUCACGGCAGGACGCCCAACGCUGGAAACGUGGAUUCAGGAGAUGAACAAGAAAGAUGCAUAUACCCAGACGAAGAUGAGCAGCAAUGUGAUUGUGGAGAUUUUCAAGAAGAGGUUCAUGUGAGUCGCAGCACAAUAUGAAAAGAUUGUGGUGAAGAUUGAAGACGGUGAAUCAAGUCAACAACGUUAGUGUUCUGUUCUGCUUCAAGUUUCUUGGGGGGUAAACUUGUAAUAAGCGUUGAGUUUUCGGGCAUUUAAUGAAAUAAUUUACUUACCAAUAAUAACGUUUGAUUUAUCAUCUAAUUAAUAAAAUGGUUGGGUACGUUUCUUA